GAAGCAAAUAAAUAGAAUUUUUAUUAAUUAAACAAGAAAACUGGCAACUAAAUUAAACAACGAAAAAAAGCUCAAACAAUCUCAAAAUAUCACAAUACGUGGAAGAAGUUGCAAGAAAUUACGUGCACGAGUGUGUAUUUUGUGUUUGCUAAGUUAAAAAAAGAGAGGAACAACCAAAACAAAAUAUUGAUUUUUCAACGAAUGGAAUAAAAGUGAAAAACGCAUAUAUUUUAUGUUUAUCAAAAUUAUCAUCCUUCUACUCCAAAUAAAUAUUAAAUAGAAACAUUUCAAUCAAAUUUGUGGAAAAUUGCAGUUGAAUUUUGCAAGAAAAAACCUUGAUACAAAUUCGCAGUAAAAAAGUCAGUGUUGAAAAUAAAAAAGCAAGCCACCAACCACACAACGACCUCUGAUACAUUUUCUAAAACCCACAAAACAGCAACAACAAAAAAAUCUAUAUAUCUAUAGGUUUUUUUUACAUAUAAUAUUUACUGAAAAAUAAAACAAAAACCAGUAUUAUUUCUCACAUACAACUGUCAACUCCUACACCAGUGACACAGUUAAAAACUACACAGAAAUUAUAUAAACAAGAAAUUAAGACAGAGAAAACAAAAUUGGAAAAUCAUGCCACAGGCAGAAGGUGGUUAUAUCUCCCUAGAGGGUAGUGGUGCCAAUAACAAUGGCCAAUCGAUUUAUCAGUCCACCACAGAGCCCACAGGACCCGUUUCAGUCUUUGAGUCCGUUAAACGGGCCAUUGGUCAAGUUGUGGGCACAAAUAAUGGUCAAGAUUCAGAUGAUUUGCUCAAUAAUAGUGGUCGUCAACCUGUUAUAAUUGGUUCAAGAGACCGGGAUAAAACGGGUAAGACACUCCACACCAAGAUGCCAUCAGCACCUACACACACUGCCGAGGAGGCUCGUCUACUGGGAACCAUGCCUGUAGAUCCCAUGGACGAUAUUGAGCUGCGCUCUGUUCAAUUACAAUUCCCUCAUGCUCGUGGGUCUAUUAUAGAUGCUUGCGACCAAAGGCGUAUACCAACCGAUAAAGGUGAUGUUUUAGUGGCCAUACAAGGUGAUACAACGAAACCGGCCAUUUUAACUUAUCAUGAUUUGGGAUUGAACUAUGCAACCAGUUUUGCUGGAUUUUUCAAUUAUCCUUUGAUGCGAGGUUUAUUAGAAAAUUUCUGCGUUUAUCAUGUUACUGCACCGGGUCAAGAGGAAGGCGCCCCAACUUUACCAGAAGAUUACAUUUAUCCAACCAUGGAAGAUCUGGCCAGUCAAUUGCAAUUUGUUUUAUCCCAUUUUGGUCUCAAGUCGGUUAUUGGCUUUGGUAUUGGGGCUGGAGCAAAUAUUUUGGCACGCUUUGCAUUAGCUCAUCCCGAUAAAGUAGGAGCCAUGUGUCUUAUUAAUUGUGUUUCUACGCAAUCGGGAUGGAUUGAAUGGGGCUACCAAAGUUUUAAUGCCCGUUAUCUACGCACUAAAGGUAUGACUCAAGGUGUAAUUGACUAUUUGAUGUGGCAUCAUUUCGGACGCAAUCCCGAGGAACGUAAUCACGAUUUAGUUCAAAUGUACAAACAGCAUUUUGAACGUGGUAUUAAUCCCACCAACUUGGCCAUGCUCAUUAACUCGUACAUUCAUCGUAACGACCUUAACAUCUCACGUACACCACCUGGUACUCCUGGAACUGAACCAUCAGCUGCAACUCUAAAAAUGCCGAUUAUGAAUAUAACUGGAGCUUUGUCACCUCAUGUUGACGAUACCGUAACAUUCAAUGGUCGUUUGGAUCCAACCAACUCGACAUGGAUGAAGAUUUCGGAUUGCGCAAUGGUUUUAGAGGAACAACCAGCUAAGUUGGCCGAAGCCUUUAGGCUUUUCUUACAAGGCGAAGGCUACGCUGUGGGUUCUUUACAAAAGUUGGGACGCAAAUUGUCAACGGUAAGCCAGAGUAAUUCAUCACAUGUGGAACUAAGCAUAAAAUAAAAACGCAACGAAGAGCCGAUAUAAAAUUGAAUAUGAAAUGAAGACGGAGACAAGAGGAAAAGAAUUCCCAACAGUUUUAAUUUAAAAAUAAGUUAAAGUAUAAGAUUAAAAAGUAAAAAAGUAAAAUCAGUUAAACAAUAGUUUAUAAAAAAGUAAAUAUUUUAAUUUCUUUACUUUACUUUCCUUUCGUUGCUUUUCCAUUUAUUAUUUCUUCCUAUGUUUGUUAUUACAUAUUUAUGAUUAUUUUAUUUCAUAUUCCUUUGUUUGCUUAAUUAUACUACUAUAAAUAUUAUUGUUAUGAUUUGUGUUUAAUUUAUGUAUUCUUGUUAAUAAUUAAGUCUAAAAAAUUCGUUUUAUUUUGUAUUUAUUAUUUAUAUUAUUAUUUUAUUCAUUUCUUUUUUUUUAGAAGUUUAAUUAAUGUGUUUGUUAAAUAAUAUUUUUGAAAAAUUAUUAAAGAACAAUGUAUGUGUCUUGUAAAGCACCGGCUUUAAGAUAUUUAUAUGAUUCAUUAUUGUUUUAAUUUUUCUAUUUAAUAAUUGUUAACACAAAAUUGCAUUUUGUCAGAAGCCUACAUUAUUUAUAUACAUAUUAACAAAUAAACAAACAAAAAAAAAUUCUAGCUCUGUAUACAUACUACAUUAUAUAAAAAUUUAAAAAAUAAAAAAAAUAAUAAUAAAAAUUAAAACAAUAAAAAA